UACCGACGGGUCUAUUUGUAAACACGCGUAACGUAAAAUGGACGUAUACGAGUCCCGUAAGAAAGAUUGGGAGGAUUUAGAUGUAUCGCGAGAGGAAUUGAAGAAUAUAACUGAGUGUCUGAAGAAAGAGGAGUUUCGUAAAUUGCUGAUCGAAUACGCGGAAGAAGUGUCGGACCCGGACAACAGGAAGCUCUACGAAGAAGAGAUCACUCAGCUCGAGAAGGAACGGGGCGUAGACGUAACGUUCGUUAACCCCGAACCCGGUUACGUCAUAAAGACCAGCGUGAAUGGUGACAGAAAGUGUUUCCUGAAUAUUAGCAAGAACGAUAUCGUCGCGCGACCAACCAGUCAGCCUUCCUACGAGCAAGGCCACCGUGGUCUACAGUGGUCCAUUCCGUAUACGCUGAUACCACCUCGCGAUGACCUUGACAAGAGGAACGUGCGAUGCACUGUAUUUGACGUAGUCUUCCAUCCAGACACCAUUUAUUUGGCAUCUAAGAAUGCGCGAUUCCGCGAAAUUGUUAAUAACACAGCGAUGGACGGCGUGGAAAAUAAUUUCAAGGUGAAAUUGGAUAGAAAAAAUCUCAAGUUUCCCAAGAUCAAUUUUAAAGGGAUGUGCCAUCCCACAGUGAUUAGAAAAUCGAUGAAAGAACCAUGGAAGGAACCACUGGAUAUACAACCAGAUAUCUAUCAAAAACUAAUGUCAAGUUAUGAUGAAAGUCGCGAAAAGCAUUUAAAGCAAAAAGAGGAGAAACCACAACGUAUUCCACCAGUUACCACUUAUUAUAAAAGCAAGCAGCAAGAGUUUAUAGAUGAGAGAUAUGUCACUCCUAAAUUUUCCAUAAAACAUCAGUCUGAUUUAGAGAUGGAAGAUUUUCUUUUAAGCAGGGAUGCAAAGAUGUAUGCCGCAAUGCCUAAAAAAUUGGUGGUUAUCAUAGAUCUGCCUUUAUUGAAAUCAGCUGAUAAUGCAAAACUAGAUAUACAUGAGCAGUCUUUCACUCUGAAAAGCGAGACGCCUGCAAAAUACUUAUUGGAGCUUUCAUUACCAUAUCUUGUGGACAGCGAUAAUGGAUAUGCUAAAUUUGAUACAAAAUGUAAGAAAUUAAUUGUGACUUUGCCAGUCAUUCGGCCACCAAUAUCAAUGGAGAGCACCUACAGGGUGAAUAGCGAGACUGACAGACUGACCGAUCAGAGUCCUGUAUCGAUAGCAUCCAAAGAUGACGAAGAAGAAUUAUCAAGUAAUAAAAUAGAGUUGGUGAAAGAAUGUGUAAGUGCGUGCAAAAAUAUAGAAUUUGAUGAAGUGAGUGAAGUUACAGAUGAGUGCGAAGAUACUGCCUUACGGACUAGUAAUAUGGCAGAAAUUGAUGCAUUUAUGAUUCCUAGUAUUAAAUACAAUCUUCCUGCAUAUGCUUGUAAUAUUUACAAUAAUCAAUUAGCCGUUACUAUAAAUGUAAAAAAUGUUAAUUCCGAAACAAUACGUCACAAAAUUCUAGAUAAUAAUGCAGGAAUACAUAUCUUGCUAACGUCUGUGGGUGCUGGAUUUUUUCCACAAUAUUAUUCAUUGUGUCUUAAAAUAGGAGAUGGUUAUAUCAAACCAGAAACUCUUACAAUUGAACCAUGGGACAAUAACGUCGUGUUUAGCGUCACAGUGAAGGAUAUUGAGAAUAUAACACAAUAUUUUAUUGGAGUGGACACAGAAUUUAUGGAAGGCAGGGAUCUUCCUACAGUAGCUUCAUUUACAAGCAAAUUCAAGGAAUUAAUGAUGUCUCCAGAAGACGAGUCACAAAUGGAAAGACAAAUUUCUGUACAACCACAAGGCAAUAGUGUUGUUAUAGAUAUUCGAUCAAGUCAGCAAGAUUCCGAUGAUGAUGAAGAACAUGAUGAAGAAGAACAGGAAGAUGUAAGAAUUACAUUGAGACAAAAGACGGAGCGCAUCAUCGAAAAAGCUAGAUCGGUUUCGGAAAGCAGUGGAGACGAAUUGGCAAGCAACAGUAGCUGCACGAGGCAUUCGAAAGGGAUAUUAAAAUCACAGCGUUCCCGUAAUUUUUCGCGUUCCAUGUCCGAAUCGAGCGCCGAUGAAAACAGCCUUCCUGCAUCGUGCACGGAUUAUCAUUACGAUUCCAUACAUGAUGUUAAUUCUGAAUCUGACUGCUGCAGUUUAAAAAAGACUGUGCGAUUUAACGAUGUAGUCUCGCGACAGUUAUUCAGAUCCAAUUCGAGUAUUCUUGGACAGCGAAAGAAGAAUCAACGCAAACUGCGAAAUAAGAAACGUGCGCAUGAACGCCGAAUGAGUGAAAGCGAGAACUCCGAAACCGAAGAGCGAGACAAAUACAAAAUGCAUUACAAACGUGCCCCGAACGAGGAGACUUCGGAGAAUGUAAAACCUAUACUUGCCCGCGAUAAAUAUUUGCAGCAACAGAAAACGGCUAAUAUCGAAAUUGCAAAGUCAAACGCAGAUGACAAACAUGUUUUGCAUAAGCGUAAAUCUAGCUUCGAGGAAAACCCCACCGAAAAUGUUCAAGUCGAUGAAAUUUCGAGUACAGUCAUCACAGAUACAGUUCAAUUGGAAUUUAAAAAUGAUCUGAUAUUCGACCUGGAUAUGUAGAUUUAAAUAUACUACGAGGUAACAAGGUAUUUAUGUAUAAUGUGAUAGACGUGCACAAGAUUGAGCACGUUAUUGCUACUUUUUGAUAACUUGAUAUAAUUUUUUGGUCUAGUUCAAUGCUGAAAUUGUAUAUAAAACUAAUUAUUUUAAAGUUUAGUAUGAAAAAAUUGCUUAGAUGGUAACAAAGAUACAUAAUAUAUAGCGGAAAAUUAAGUUUCUUGCAUCUUGUUUUAGCAUAGGGAUGUUAAUCAAGCAUUAGGAACAAAUUGAAAUUGCUAAUUUUUAAAUAAUUGAUCGAAAUGAAUUAUAGGCGUAGUGUUGAAAUUAAAUUAACUUGAAUCGAGUAGAUUUUUGAUUAAUAUAUAAAUUAUGCCAAUUUGAAAAAAUGGCCGAAUGAAUAAAGUGCAUUAAUAAUGACGAUGUCGUGUAUGAUGUCGUAGCGUUUUUAAUCUUUUUAAUUACGUCUAAUCAAAUUUAAAUCAUAUAAAUUACUGGAUUGAUUUACUUGGAAAUGGAAUAAAUGAUUGAUUCUUACUGCAGUAAUCAUAUAUGUUAAUAUGUGAGGUAAAAUACAAAAUAUACAGGUAAUGAAAUAAACUUACUUUUACUUA